AUGGAACCACCAAAAACCCUUCCGUACCAACGCAUCUCAUGGUGCCACAGGGAGAUGAGAAGGGUGUAUCCACACUCACUCUACAUGUCCUUGUUCAGACACCAACUAACCACAAUGCCAAUGUGCAACCAACCAAAACCAACAAACCCUCUCUUCAAAAAUUCCCCUAAACCCAUUUUCCAUCCCUCAAUUUAAUACCACCUAAAAGCAGGUCAUCAGAACCCAUUCAAACAUAUUUAUGAUACAUCAAAUUAAAAGCCUGUCUUGAGAAGAUCAAGAUCCAUCUCUCACUCCUUCCAAAUACAAAUCCAACAAGAGCUUCUCAAGAACCAUGAUGUAUGCUUAUGGUGUCACAUUCUCUCUCAUAUUGCUGCUCUUUUUAGCCAAUAUGGUCAAAUACAAUGAAGCAAGACUGGCCCAAGCAAAUGGGACGGAGGCUGAGAUGGUGCCUUUGAUGGAGGAAGGGAAGAUGGAGAAGAUGAUGAUGGUGAUGAAUGAGAGCAGGAGGAGGCUGGGGAGCUUCCAGAUAUGUGCACUGUGCACUUGCUGUGGUGGGGCCAAAGGCCUCUGCUUGCCAUCUCCUUGUUGCUAUGCCAUCAAUUGCAACAUUCCCAAUAGACCUUUCGGCUUCUGUUCUUUCACUCCCAAGACCUGUAAUUGCUUUGGAUGCCAUCUCUGACUCCCUCUCUAUAAUUUAAAAUUUUCAUUUCUUUAAUUUAUGGGUCAAGUUGAUGCUGUUGGGAAGAAUAUCUGUUCUUCAUUUGUUUGUCUAUAAUUUUUUAGAAUAUGUUAGUAUUGGGGUUUGGCUAUAUCCAGGUUAGAUUCUUGCUAGUUCUAGUGAGAUUUGUCCAUGGUUUGUCAGGAAGCAGCAAUGCCUGAAAGAUAGCACUCUGCCAUAUUUAGUAUUCGAGGAAAUAUAUUGGGGUUUAUGAUAAUUUUUGUUAUUUGUUAAAGAAUAUAUUAUGUAAGUGCUCAGUAGGGCUGGUGUAUUAGCCUAGAUAUAUAAGUUUUGUCCAUUAUUUUAUAGUACUUUGUACUGCUUGUUCAAUUAUAUAUUUAUUGUACUAGUGGGCGUAA